UUUGUUGAAAAAUAAUAUUCAAAUCAAAUCAAAUAAUAAUAAUAAAAUAUCAAACAACAUGGUAUUGAGUGAUGAUAGUACGAUGUUGGUGUCCGAUGCGACAGACUACAAGGGUGCUCCUGCUCAUAAGUCCACCACUGGUGGUUGGCUCUCUGCCGCUUCAAUCCUCAGUGUUGAGCUUUGCGAGAGGCUGUCGACAAUGGCAAUAGCGGUGAACCUAGUGACAUAUCUUCAAGGCACACUGCAUCUGCCGAGUGCAGAAUCGUCGGCCGUAGUAUCAAAUUGGGGUGGAAUUUCUUUCUUAUUAAGUCUUUUUGGAGGCAUACUUGCAGACUCUUUCUUAGGCAGAUAUUGGACUAUUGCUAUUUUUUCUACUGUUCAUUUCCUGGGAUCGUGCUUACUAGCCCUUUCGACAGUGUUUCCAAAGUUGCGGCCACCUCCAUGCAAUCCUUCUUUGUCCAACAAUUGCAUACAAGCCAACGGCCUUCAAAUGGCUGUUUUUUACAUAAGUAUAUACACUGUUGCAUUAGGACUCGGCGGUAUUAAAUGCAGCGUCUCGGGUUUCGGUACAGAUCAGUUCGACCAAAAGGAUGAUAAGGAAAAGGCUCAAAUGGCAUCCUUUUUCAAUAAGUUCUACUUUUUCAUCAGCAUUGGGACACUUAUUGCAGUUACGGUGUUCAUUUAUAUACAAGACAAGGUUUCUAGAGUGUGGGGUUACGGAAGUUGCUCCGUUAUAAUGUUACUUGCUCUUGUCCUGUUUCUUUCUGGUACUAAAAGAUAUAGGUACAAAGCAUGCCUUGGUAGCCCCAUUGUUCAAAUUUUCCAGGUUUUGGUCGUUGCUGUAAAGAAAAGAAAUCUUAAUUACACAUCUAACGUCGAACAGUUGUAUGAAACUCAUCCCCAAGAAUCAAGAAUACCCCGUACCUGUCAAUUCAGAUCUUUGGACAAGGCAGCGAUCAUAGACGAUGGAGACAAAGACACGAUGAUAGAAUCUGGAACACCGAAUCCAUGGAGACUAUGCUCAGUGACAAAAGUGGAAGAGGUUAAAAUGAUGGCAAGAUUACUACCAAUUUGGACUACAACAAUUAUGUUUUAUGUGAUUCAUGCACAGAUGAUAACUUACGCUGUGCUACAAGCUUCCACCAUGAAAAGGUCAAUCGGUACAUUUAAUAUACCAGCCGGCUCGUUUAAUGUCUUCUUCAUCGGUUCUAUACUUCUAGCUCUUGGCAUUCAUGACCGUCUAAUCGUCCCUCUUCUCAAAAAGAAGAAAGGGACUCUAGGUUUGACGAAAUUUCAGAAGAUAGGCGUAGGACUCUUUAUUUCAAUAUUAUCGAUGGUUUUUGCGGCAAUAAUAGAAACAAAAAGACUGAAAGUUGCAAAAUCAACGAGCAGGGCAGUUUCGAUACUACCAAUUAGUGCAUUUUGGUUGGUUCCGCAGUUUGUUUUGGCGGGUGCGGCCGAAGGGUUUGUGUACACAGGGCAGAUUGAUUUCUUCUUAACAGAGUCACCAAAAGGGAUGAAAGCAAUGAGUACAAGUCUAUUUCUGACGACUAUCUCAUUUGGUUUCUUCGUUAGCAGUGCAUUGAUUGCUAUCAUAAGGAAAGCUACUCAACGAGGCGGUCAUAAUUGGCUUCCUGCUAAUCUUAACAAUGCUGAUGGCAAGUUGAAUUAUUUUUACGCUCUUGUUGCUUUAUUGAGCGCCAUUAAUUUGGGCUUCUAUCUCUACUGUGCUAAAUUGUUUCUCCGCAAAAAGAGACAGAUUGACCUCGCAGCGAACGCCGCCGCGAAUACUCAGUAAAUACUCAUGACACAACGCGUCCGAUUGAAUUUGUAUUUAUGUAUUUUUCUUUUUUUACAAACUUUAGAUACAGAAUUAUAUGAUUUGGCAGUUGGGGAGAAGAAAUUUGUAGUUAGUCCUUGUACUCGCUACAAUAUUCGGUAGUUUAUACGACUGAAAAGCCAGUUAUACUUUUUCAUAUUAUACAUUGCACAUACA